UAAAGGCCAUUGGUAAACAUUCUCGCCGCCGUUUGAAAUCCGGUAGCCGGCCAACCAAACGACGAGCGAACGAAACCCUUCCAAAUAAGGAAUCGAAACGAAAACUGCUGUCGAGAAAAUUCAAUCUCUCAAAUCGUUUUGACCUCCAAACGGAGGGGGAAGAACGCUCUAUCCACAGGCAUGGCUGGACGAAGUCAUCAGCCGAAUGCCUUGAAACGGCGCGAAGUUCCGUUGAGCCGAAGCCCGCCUGAUGAUCGUCGAUCCCAUCAUCGUCUUUCUCACUCAUCUUCCGUCGGCGCUUCUUCCAGGGCUCACCAGGCAAUCCUUCUCGAAGAUCGAAUAUCUGCUCAGCACCGAGAGAUUCAAACUCUCCUCUCUGACAACCAACGCCUUGCUGCCACUCACGUGGCGCUCAAGCAAGAGCUGGCCUCGGCUGAGCAAGAGCUCCGGCACUUAUCGGCCACUGCGGCUAAAGUCAAGGCCCAGAGAGACGCUGAGGUCAGGGAGGUUUAUGAAAAAUCGCUGAAGAUGGACGCCGAGGUUCGUGCGAUGGACGCUAUGAUGGCGGAGCUCGUUCAAAUGCGGGCGGAUAUACAGAAGCUGUGUUCCGUCAAGAAAGAGUUAACUGCCGAGUUGCAAGCUAUUCGCGACGACCUUACUAAAGCCUCCUCGGAGUCACAGCCAUUGCCGUCUAUUAAAGCUGAAAUCGAUAGAAUGCACCAUGAAAUUCAAAGAGGAAGGGCUGCUAUUGAAUAUGAGAAAAGAACACAAGCUAGUAAUCUUGAGCAGGCUGAGGCAAUGGAAAAGGGUAUGGUUUCCAUGUCUCAGGAAGUUGAAAAAUUGCGUGCUGAACUGGCCAAUGCAGAGAAGAGAGCAAGGGCUGCAGCAGCUGUAAUAAGUCCUUUUUCCGGUUAUGCUGCAGCUUAUGGCCAUCCAGACAUAAGAUAUGGCGGAAGCUCAUAUCCCCCUGACCCUUAUGGCAUGCAUCAGGUUCAGGGAGGAGCUGGCAUCGAUAUCGUUUCGCAAUACGCACGUGCACCACCGACACAUGGACCACCUUACAACAUACAACCAACACCGCCACAGCAUAUGCAAUGAAUGGGCAGAAUGAUGUGUGGACAUGUUUUGUGCUCGAUGAGGAGGAGGGUCUCAGUGUCUUAGAUUCCAUGAGAGUGGAAAGGCACUGUAAAUACUGCCGUGGAAGCUCUGUUUUUCCCUCGGAAAUUCCUUUCCUCCAGGGUCGCAGGAGAGGUUUGUCAGCCACUAUUAUGUACAUUUAACUUACUGUGACCCAUUGCAAUUCUGAAAGUUGUUCAAUAUCAUAGUUGGGCUAAGUUUUGACAUCCUCUUUUGAUUCACCCACAAAAUGAUAUUGCAAACAUCUUAUCCUCAUUAGAACCCAAUGUUCGAAUCUUAUAGUAAAAUAUGAAACAAACAAGGUAAUAGUACAUUAUUGCAUUUCUAUCCAA